UACUACAGGCCGAUGUUCAACAAAACUGGCUUCAUGAACGCCGUAGGCAUGGUGCGACCAAAGUCUCGUGGCAGCGUCAAGCUCAACAACACGGACCCGAACGCAUCGCCACUCAUCGACCUAAAAUUUUUGUCUGAGCAAGAGGAUGUCGACAGAAUUGUAAACGGUACCCUUAAAGUGAUGCAGCUCUUCAACACGACUGCCAUGAAAAACAUUGGUGCUCAAAUCUGGAACGGGUCUUACCCAAACUGCGAGAAUCACACCAUUUGGUCACGGGAGUACAUAGAAUGCUUUGUCCGGCAGGCUGCUUUCCCUGGACAACACGUCUGUUGCACAUGCUCUAUGGGUGAGCACAAGAAUUCAGUCGUCGACUCGAGACUAAAGGUGAGAAAUGUUACCAACGUGAGAGUCAUGGACGCUUCAGUGAUGCCCAGAAUCCCAGCUGGAAAUAUUAAUGCGGCAGUCAUGAUGAUCGCGGACAAAGGAUCUAAGAUGGUACUGGAAGACUAUUACGCUCCUGUGAAUGCAGCAUGAACAGAGAAGAAUACUUUUUCAGCAUUACUAACCACUGCUACAAUAGCGUAGCGCGUAAUUUUAUUGAAUCAACUCAAAUAAAUGUUCAUC